GCAGCAGAGGCGCACGGUGAAUAGUCAGCUGUAGUUUAGUUCCAGAGAGAUUUUUCCAAUAGACUGUCACUGCUCGUGCACAGUUAGAUUUAAUUACAGCCCGUAUACUACUUGUUUUAAAACACCUCUCUGAGGGGAGACCGCACUGAGAAGAACUCCAGGAAGAAAGACGCGCUCCUGCGCUCUUGGAGAGUGCGUGAAUUUGCUGCCUGAAACUUUUGGAGAGCGUCCGCUUCAAAUCCAUCCACCCAGGGAGCUGAUUUCUGAGAGGAGCCGAAGAUGGGCGACACGGGCACAUUCUGCAACCAAACAGCCAACCUGACAGACCCGGCGUGUCUGAACUCAACCCGCCCGUCGUACAGCCACAUAGACAUCACCACGUUCAUGCACAUAUUCCCCACCAUCUACGGCAUCCUGUGCUCGGUUGGAGUUAUUGCCAACGGACUGGUCAUCUACGCGGUGGCGGCAUGCAAAAAGAAAAUGGUCUCCGACAUCUACGUGCUGAACUUGGCCAUAGCGGACAUGCUCUUCCUGCUGGUGAUGCCCUUCAACAUCCACCAGCUGGUCAGAGACAGACAGUGGGUGUUCGGGAACUUUAUGUGCAAAGCGGUGGUGGUGGUGGACGUGAGCAACCAGUUCACCACAGUAGGGAUUGUUACUGUGCUGUGCAUUGACCGGUACAUAGCCAUAGUCCACCCCACCUCGGAGAAAAGGACCAUCCACUGGACCAUCAUGAUCAACAUACUAGUGUGGUUGGGCAGCUUCCUCCUCACCGUCCCCGUCAUGAUGUACGCCAAGGUUGAGCGCAGGCAGCGUUUGGAGGUCUGCAUGAUGAACCUGGAUGGGCCUGAGGACAUGUACUGGUACACUUUCUACCAGUCCAUCCUUGGCUACAUCAUCCCCCUCAUCAUCAUCAGCACCUUUUACUCGCUCACCCUCUACCACGUCUUCAGCUCCAUCCGCCGGGUAAAACGCAAGCAGUCCGUCUGGGCUAAAAGAGCCACCAAGAUGGUGCUGAUGGUCAUCGCAUUGUUCCUGAUCUGCUGGUCACCCUACCACGUCAUCCAGGUGAUCAACCUGAGCAACAACACGCCGACCAUCACCUUCGUCUAUGCCUACCACAUCAGCAUCUGUCUCAGCUACUCUCACAGCUGCAUCAACCCACUCAUGCUGCUCAUCUUCGCCCAGAACUAUCGCGACCGCCUUUGCCGCAGAAAUAUGCUUAACAGUUCCCAGCAUUCAUCCAAGCUCACAGUCGUCAAAACAGAUGGUUCCAGUAUAACCAAUAACCCCAACUACCGCUGUACUGUCGUAUAAUCGCAAAGUGUGUGUCCUUUUGUAGAUACACAUGUAAAUGUUCUGCUGCUCACCUCGAAAGGAAGUAGCUCGAUGAAUGGUGUUGUCCGUGAAAUAACAUUCCCCAGCAUUUUCAUAACUGGAAAUGGAUACUGUACAAUUGAACCUGGGUAUAAAGCAUGAGCAGCAAUUUCAGCCAUGACUGAAAUAGGUGAAAUACAGGUCAUAUCAAAGGUUUUCAACAGAGAGUGCAAGAAAAAGAUCUGCAGAGGAGAGCAAGCCGGC